ACUCGGCUUUCCAAUAUAUAGAAGAUAAGAGGGAGAGAGAGAGAGAGAGAGAGAGAGAGGAGAAGAAGAAAGGAGGGAAACAGGAAGACUGAGCACUGAGCUCUCGAGCCAAUCUCUUCCAAAAGAAAGAGGAACCCUAUUCCUCCAUAUAUCCCAAUCCUUAGCUAUUGAAUAUCUUCCAAUUCCUCAGCAGUUCAGGAGAAAAAAAAGAAAAGAAAAAGAAAGAAAGAAGUAGGAAUUAAUGUUCUCUUCCAAGAAGCCAACUAUGAAUUCGCACGAAAGGCCUCCUAUGUGUGUUCAAGGUGACUCGGGCCUUGUUCUCACCACCGACCCCAAACCUCGCCUCCGGUGGACCGUCGAACUCCAUGAUCGCUUCGUCGAUGCCGUCGCUCAGCUCGGUGGCCCUGACAAGGCCACACCAAAGACCAUUAUGAGAGUUAUGGGCGUCAAAGGUCUCACUCUUUAUCAUCUUAAAAGCCACUUGCAGAAAUUUAGGCUUGGGAAGCAACCACAUAAGGAAUUCAACGACCACAGCAAGGAUGCACUUGACAUGCAAAGAAAUGCAGCCUCCUCAUCUGGAAUUAUGAGUCGAACGGCCAUGAAUAAUGACAGGAACGUGCAGAUUACAGAAGCACUGAGGAUGCAGAAGGAAGUUCAAAGAAGACUCCAUGAGCAAUUAGAGGUUCAAAAGCAUCUUCAAAUGAGAAUUGAAGCCCAAGGCAAAUACAUGCAGUCCAUCCUAGAGAAAGCAUAUCAAAGUCUAGCUGGGGAAGGCGCCAUGAUUGCAACUGGAAGCUACAAAGACCUUCAAAACCAAGCAACCAUGAACCAGCUUGGAGCCAUGGCUUUCCCUUCCCUCCAAGAUCUCCAUUUAUUCAACAAUGACCAGCUCGAAAUCUCUCCACAACUCGACCGGCCUCUCGAAGACUUCUUCCCCUCAAACGAAAUUGCCCUUUGUUUGGGCAAAAAGAGACCCAAUCCUUACUCCUAUUCCAAUGGGAAGAGCCCAUUGAUAUGGUCUGAUGAACUCAAGCUACAAGAAUUUGGGUCUCAUGAGGAAAAUCUAAAGAAUAAUAUCGAUCAUGAACAUCUUCAAAUUGCACCAUCAAUUAUUAAUGGAGGAAUGGAGAUGGAAUCCAUGGCGGAUGUUUAUGAGGCAAAGCCAGUGCUUUCAGUUGAUAGCAAUGGAGAGAAGUAUGAGGGAUCGUCGAAGGUCGGGAGGCCGUCGUCGGCGCCGAGGAGGGCUACUGUGUCUACACCAGAGAGGAUGAGUCCAAUGAUCAGAGGUGGCGGAUUGGGACAAACAAGGAACUUGUCUUAUGCUUGAGCUUGACUUUUGUUCUUCAUGUAAGAGAACUAAACUUCUUAAUUUCUUAAUUAAUUGCUUGAUUAAGUAAGUUCUUCUAGAGUUUAGAGGAGGAGUUUGCCAGUCAAUUAGUAAAAUGCUUGACUGAGUUCGUCACUUUUUCUCAAACAAGUGAUGUACAUUCCAUGAAAAUAAUUAGUGAGAACAGUUUUAUAUGAAAAGUUAUUCUUUUUUUGAAGUUCUGAUGAUAA